UCGUCGAAUAAAAAUCCAGAAGAGACAAUAAAACUGUCGACGUCCAAUAAAAUUGUGCGUAAAAAGCAAAAAGCAGUGUACUGUUAGGGUCAAUUGGGGCAAUAUCCUCCGUUUCUUCCUCCGUUGGAUGACGUCACGGCGUACAAUGGCGGACGGUUUCCGAAUGGAUUGGUUUGGAGCAUCUUUCUUUGUUUGUAGUUGGGUAACAAUUUCGAGUGUUGUCUAAUGGGAGAUAUUGGCAAAUCGGUAGUAUUAUGACGACUGAAUCUUCGCUUAUCGACUCGGAAAGAAGCCGUUAAGAGAGCCUCAAAUGCCCAGAGAAAUGAACGGUUUAUCUUUGAGUGAACUUUGUUGUCUUUUCUGUUGUCCGCCCUUUCCGUCGAGAAUCGCAGCCAAGUUGGCCUUCAUACCUCCCGAACCUACUUAUACCUAUUUAGCCGACGAUACCGGUACGAAAUUCACUUUGAAUCUGACAGAUAGAGCAGAAUGGCAAUUUAGCCAGAGGGACCUCGAAGACAUAGAAGUGUUCUAUACUAGAACUACGAGAGGAAACAGGAUUUCUUGCAUGUACGUAAGAUGCAGCCCUAAUGCUAAGUUUACCAUUCUUUUCAGUCACGGAAAUGCCGUCGAUCUGGGCCAGAUGAGUAGUUUCUACUUGGGUCUAGGCUCUAGGAUUAACUGUAACAUCUUCAGUUACGACUAUUCCGGCUACGGCAUCAGCACGGGUAAGCCGUCCGAGAAGAACCUGUACGCCGACGUGGACGCGGCCUGGCACGCGCUGAGAACGAGGUACGGCAUCAGCCCGGAGAACAUCAUCCUGUACGGGCAGAGCAUCGGCACCGUGCCCACCGUGGACCUGGCCUCCAGGUACGAAGUGGGCGCCGUCAUCCUCCACUCGCCCCUCAUGUCCGGGAUGCGCGUUGCCUUUCCCAACACGAAGAGGACGUGGUUCUUCGACGCCUUUCCCAGUAUCGACAAAGUUCCAAAAGUGACAUCCCCGGUUCUUGUCAUCCACGGUACCGAAGACGAAGUCAUCGAUUUCUCUCACGGACUAGCAAUAUACGAGCGGUGCCCCCGGGCCGUGGAGCCUCUGUGGGUGGAAGGUGCGGGACACAACGACGUCGAGCUGUACGGACAAUACUUGGAACGUUUGAAGAAGUUCGUAUCCAUGGAGCUCAUCAACUGACACGCGCUUCGCGGCCUCCCUCGAGAAAGGCGAGUGCCUUCUUCUAAUACAGAAGAUCCUUCACCAUCCCAACGAGACGACAAAUGAUAUCCCAAUUGUAAAUUCCACCUGAAUAUUUCCAAAAUGUUUAUAUAAUAGUUUCAUCGCCCAAAAAAAAGGCAUUUAACUCUCGGUGCAAAACAAACUUCUAGAGAAGAAACUAAACAUUUUGCACGUUUAAGGGAACAACGAGAGGAAAGUGUUACUUAGACAAACGUUUUCUUUCCAGAUUUAAAUAAUGGUUACGAUACGAAAACGUGACGAAUUUACGAUAUUAUCUCGUAAUUACUUUCCGUUCGACACUCUUUUCUUUUGGACACUUCGCGGAGUAACGUCACGAUUUCUAUAAUAUAUAUACAUAUAUAUAUUUCGGAACUACUACUUUUUCCAUCGAUUAUUUUUUAAUGCAGGUCAACAUUGCAACAGUGUCUAAGUUUUAUUGAUGAGGGUCGUCCGAAAGUUACCAAAAAAGCGAUUUCGGUAAUGGUGGACUCGGAAGAAGAGUAGCACCUGGAAGAAACGUGACGAAGUAGUAGCACCUGUUUGGGUAGCGUAGAAGUUUUAGUAUCCGUGAUGCAGCAGUAGCCAUAUAUAAAUUAAUGGUCUCCCUUUGCUUGGCUUUGUGUCCACAUCGAUAUAUUUAAAAAAAAGAAAAAUGGCCAUCGUCACGGUAAUAUAUUUUGGCAUAUUCGAACAUUUUUGCUUUGUAUCGUGCGGUUAUUGAGUUGUUCUUCGUUUUUUGAUCGUCGCUGGCUUUUUACGGUUUCCAAGUUUUUACUUCUGGCCUAAAAUUGGUAUUAUUUUAUCAAUUUCUAUGUAAAAUUAGAAGAUGAUAAAAGGAAAAAAUCAUCGUAAUUGCGCUUAUUGUGUACGAGUGAGUGCGAGUGUCUGACGAACGAAUGUUCUUCUCGUGCGCCAGUUUUAAUAUAAAGUUUGGGAACAGGGCUGCAGGUGUGUUAGCGUACUUCAAUUAAUUUAGCGUAACGUCGAUGUUUCUAUCGAAUCAUUCCAAUUGGCAUUGUGAUAUCGAACAUUUGUACCUACGGUUCGUAUCAUAGUCUACAACGUACAUACACCUUUAAAUAAAAGCUCCACUUUUGUAUAACGGCACUUCUUAAUCCAAAAAAUCCAAUCGUCUACACCUAGCACAGGUAUGAGAGUUUGUGUGAAAUAUCGCAGUGUUAUAUUAAAAAAGUUAUUUAAUCGUACAUAGUUCCUGUGACAGAGUGAUUUAAUGAUUUGGUAAAUUUAUACACACCUUCGUCGACACGGGUACAGUUUGUACCAUAAUAAAAUAGUUUUAUCCGUGGUUAAUUUAUCAUUCGACGCAGUUUAUAUCCCGGCCCUUUUUUUGUACGUCAUAAAUAUAUAUAUAAAAACCACUGUCUUUUUAUGUAAAUAAUGAAAAAUAUUUCGUUGGAAGUUCCUCACAUUUUCAGAGAACGAUGCUUGUGAUUUGGAAUCUAGUCUCAUCCCCUCAUUUUUGUCGACGUUAUACUUAAAUCUUAGCGGUAAAACCGUUGGUUUCCCAUUAGUUAAUCGAGAUUCGAACACGUGACUAAUUCCAUCCCCUGGAGAUGUACCAGGACUGCUAAUCGAAACUUGAGGUUACUUUACAGAAUCAUCUGCAGUCCUGCCCCAAACGUGGUUACUUUUACGUUAAUGGUCAUGUUCUGUCGUUCUAAGAGAAACUUAAAGGAAAAUUCUAUUACUAUGCAUACGAAAUUCUGCAACGGUUUCUUCCAAUAGCCUACUCGAUAUUUUUGUGACGUAGAAACGUAAAUUUGCGAAUUUAUUAAAACGGCAAAGGCAAUUUGCCGGAUUUCUACCGGAUACAAACGAAAAUCGAAACUUAAAAUUGUUUAAUUAACGUAGCGAGGAAGGGGAUGGUUCCUUACGCUUUUGAAAAUCUCCUCUCGUUUAGGAACGAAUUAAUUAGAAUCAUUAAAAGUUCUAUUUUUAACGCGCUUUUUAGAUAGGAUUUUGCAUUAUUUUCUGGCUACGGUACUAACGCUUCGGCCGGUGGCGGGUUCGGACCCGUCGAGAAUUCGUCAAUCCAGUCACGGUACGAAAUGCCACCGGGCCGAUAAAUUCGAUUUAAAAAUAGAGGGGGUCGUGUCGAAAGAAAAAAGGCAAGUUAUAAGUUGUCGGUCUUCCUCUUUCCUGUUUGUUUAAGGUUUCUUUUUAGUGACGAAUUGUAAUUUUAAUUAAUCGACGCUCCGUUACCAUCCGAAAUUUUGUUUUGUUAAUAUACUUUUGAUUUGAAUGAAACGUUCUUUCGUUUGAUGAAAGUAUAAAACGAAAAGAUGGAAGUUUUGAUUGCUGUAACGAAUCAAAAUAAAAGAAAAAAUAUUGUAAA